AUGGCGGGGAGAUGUGAUGCCACGGAGCUGCCAGAAUGCCUGAAACCCACAGAAAUCCAAGAUGUGCACUUUCGGAUGUGCUGGGACAAUGAUCACAAUUUGGGAGAAGGGUGCAAUUCAAGUGCGAAGUUUGAGUCACUCCAAGCCCAGCAUUCUCCUGGACUUGAAAUGGAUAUCUUUGGACCCGAAAUGGCACUUGCUCAUGCUCUCUCCCCCAGACUCAAACAGCAAGGUAUCCAACAAGCCUACUUUAUCAAAUUUGCCAUGGGAAGCACCAAUCUGCACAGUAACUGGAAUCCUUCCAAUCAGAAUUCGGAAGGGAAAAUGGCAACGAUCGGAUAUUAUCCUCGUUUUUUGGAUUUUUGCAAGACAUCUCUAGCUUCCCUUCGGGAGGAGCAGCCUGAUGUUGACCGUCCACUUGGCGGAAUGUUUUGGCUGCAAGGGGAGAGUGAUUCUUCCAAGGCCAAAGACGCCAAUGCUUAUUUGGCGAAUUUUCAGCACUUUACAAAGACAUUCCGAGAAGACAUGGCCUCUCCCGACAUGCUGGUUGUGGUAAGCCCGAUCAUCUGGAGCGGCAAAAAGGUUCACGUCGUCAACGACGCCCUUCAACAGGCAGGGAACUCGGCCUUGGAGCACUGUGUUUGUAUCGAUCCUCUCGACAAGGACGAGUUUGAUGUGCAAGGUGCUGAGGCUGGACUUUGUGCAGGCCACCUCACGGCCACUGGGCUGUGUGAAGUUGGUCGAAGGAUGGGCGAGGCAAUGCCAUUGGCCGCUGUUUCAGAGCCUAAAAACUAA